GCCGAUUAUGAUUCGCACUGCGCACUCAAUCAGCUAAUUGGGCAAAAGUAAAUGUCAGUUGUGGCGGCGGCACUGCCCUCGGUCGACCUUUGAAAUCACCCAGUGGUCCGCGGGCCCCGACAGGUGCGUCGCCUUCACCAGCCCAUUUUGUCGAGGUGUUUAGUCCUCCGAAGUCCAAAAAAACCACCGCAUCCUCUCUUUUUUUUUUUUGGAUCCCCGCGGGCAGCCACCUUCCCCUCUCAUCGCCCCGCUCCGAGGCGCUUGCAAGCGGCCAAGCGUUUGCACACGGUGCAAGCGGAGUUUGGUCACAAGGCUGCGUCAGAUAUUGAGCUGUUUGCGCCCUGGUUUUUUGGUUUGAGAGGCACCGCAGCGGCUGUCGAGGCACUUUUCGAGUGGAGACAACGAGACCUAUAGAAGACCAUAACAAGAAAUGAUUAGACUGACUUUCUCAAAAUUAAUUUCAAGUUAAGUUAGAUUAUUAUUAUUUUUUUUUUUUUAAGCGUGAUUUUGUUUAAGUCUGGGAAGUUUUUCGGCUUUGAGGAAUUCCUUGACGUGCGAUAUUCUCCAGGACGCCAGUCAUGUCCACAAAUGAGGAUCCGGAGAGAGUUCCCCUGGUGACAGAUGUGAGGAGCAUUUACACCCCAGUGGGAAGGGUCCCCAACCAGGAGGCAUUGCAGACAGACGCUAACGGUGCCAUCAAACAUUGCCAUGACAAUAGCCGUGCUCAGAAGGAUCGCGAGCGAGAGAGGAAAGUCGCCAGGAAGAGGCUGUAUGUGGUCUCUGUCAUCUGCCUGGUUUUCAUGAUUGGUGAAAUCCUUGGUGGGUAUUAUGCGGGCAGCCUGGCGGUGAUGACAGACGCUGCCCACCUGCUGGUGGACUUCACCAGCUUCAUCAUCAGCCUGUUAUCCCUCUGGCUCUCCUCCAGGCCUGCCACGCAGAAGCUCAGCUAUGGCUGGCACCGUGCAGAGAUCCUGGGUGCGCUGCUGUCGGUCUUCACCAUCUGGCUGGUAACAGGAGUGUUGGUCUACCUGGCUGUGGAGCGCCUCAUCAGCAAUGACUACGUCAUCGAGGGCAAUAUCAUGCUCAUUACCUCUGGUUGUGCCGUGCUGGCCAAUAUUGUCAUGGCCCUCACCCUUCACCAGUCCGGCCACGGCCACAGUCACGGCGGGCUCAGCUCCCACGGUCACGGUCACAGUCACAGUCACAAGAAAGGAAAAGGAUACAGUCAGAACUCAAACCACGCUCACUCAAAUGAUGACCAUGUAGAUGUGGAGCACAAAGGGGCAAACUGCGGACCGAGGGCUCAGCAGGCCAAUGCCAGUGUGCGAGCGGCCUUUGUCCACGUGGUGGGAGAUCUUCUCCAGAGCCUCAGCGUGCUUGUCAGCGCCAUCAUUAUCUUCUUCAAGCCACAAUAUAAGAUGGCUGACCCCAUCUGCACCUUCCUGUUCUCCAUAUUUGUCUUAUGUACCACCUUCGCCAUCAUGAGAGACAUCCUCAUUGUCCUGAUGGAAGGCACUCCGGCAGGGGUGAGGUACAUUGAGGUGCGGGAUCGUCUGCUAACAGUGAAGGGGGUCACAGCGGUCCACAACCUUCACAUCUGGGCCCUCACCAUGAACCAGACUGUACUGUCUGCACACGUAGCCAUAGAUGAGUCAGUGGAUGCUCAGACUGUCCUAAGGGAAAUGACACAGGCUUGUUUCUCCUAUAACUUCCACUCCGUUACGAUUCAAAUGGAGAGACAGGCCGACCUGAAGCCCGGAUGCACCCUGUGUGAGGACCCCAAGAUGUAGGAACCUGCCUCCAUCAAAAUCUGAACACAGCAGAAUAGAAAGGCCAAGCUAUGAAUCUUAGCUGCUGUACCCAGCGAUGGUGACAGUAUUCAGUUAUUUUUGCACUGCCCAUUGACCCUGUGGUCUUAUGUUUUACUGUGACAUUAAUGCCAGACUCACAGGACUCAGCCCUAUAGUAAGUGCCUUUUUUUGUUGACAUUCGUAAAAGAAAUGCUGAUAUUGAAAUAACAAUGAGUAUGUGUCUUUAAUGAAAGGCAAGCUGGCUCAGGAUCUAAAUGAUUUUAGGGGAAAAGCUCUCUUCCUCAUCCUGCUUUAAAGUGUAAAACUUUAAUAUUCACAAGUUGUCUUUUGCUUUUUUAAAGUUUAAUCAUGUUAAAAUAGAGAUCACUUUGCACCGCAAAAGAAAGUGUUCAUCUUUUCUGAACCUUUACAUUUUUUAUGAUUGAGUUUCUCAAGUAACUGCUAAUUUAUACCUCCUAUACGUUAUUCUAAACAUACAUCUUAACUACUGUGUUUGUUUACCCUCUGACCUUAUGUGACACAUCUAGGACGGUGGUAAAGUACUGUUUGUUUGAGACUUGACGUACUGUAUCAUUUCAAGAUUCUGGAUACAGCCACAACCAUUUACACGAAGUCUGAUACUUGUAAAUAUAGACAAAUGAAUAUUUCUAUGCAUUGACUAUUUCACCACCAACCUGAGAAGUACUCUAUGUGGAAAGCAUCAAAUAUAUUCAAAUACAUGAUCAAGACACCUUUCAAAUGCCUUUGUACAGUUGUAAGGUAAAGCUGAUAUUAAUUAUUCAAUAAAAUAUCCCUUUUUCAAAUA